UUUUCCUUAAAUGGUACUCGUUUUGUACUAAAUUUUAUAAAGUGGUAUUAAUAUCACAAAAAUGGUGCUAAAUAUUUUAAAAUGGUAUUCAUAUUACAAAAUUGGUACUCAAUUUUUAUAUAUGGUAUUCAUUUUAAUGAUUAUUGAUGGCACGUUGGCAAACACACCUCAGUAACGGGAUCCAAGUUGGCAAAUGAGGUUGACUAUUCAAAAAUUUCAAAAUGGCUGGGAAAUUACAAACAAGCCCAUGGCAUGUAUUUCAUAAUACAUGCCUGGCUGCGAUUUUGACGCCCUCCAACACUCUGGUGGGCAAAUCAAAUAAAAUCCAAAAAAGCAUUGCACAAGCAUAUUGCAGAAGGAGUCUUCUAUAACGGUUGGUGGGCCAACCAAAGAAAGACAAACAUAUUGCAAUAUAAGAGGACGAGGAGUUUUUUCAGUACAAUAAUUUCUCACUUCGCACCUCAAAGCUAAGUCCUCUAUGUAUUUAAGUUUAUACUAUAUGUCUGUCAACUUUAAAAUUUACGUGACUUGAUUAAUUUGGUAAAAUGCAAGAUAUUCUUGGAGACUUAAUUUGGCAGAAAUUGUCUAAUCCUAAGUCAUUAUGUAAGAGCAUACACCUCAAAUUAUUUAUCAUAAUCAAAACGAAUUAUAUAUUUAUGUUUGACAAGCAGAAGUACGCUAAAUAUAGAGCUCAAAACUGUGUAGCCUCUCAUACUUUUUUGCAUAAUCUUGUUUGUCUUGGCAUUUAUCUGACAAUGAUAAAACAUAUUAGCCGAGCAUACUUGCAUUAUAAUAUUCAAUUGGUCUACCAACAAGACGUGUAAAGCUCAUAGUUGGUUAAACAAUCGAGUAAUGACAAAUUUGGUGUAUUUUUAAGAUAAUAUUCCAUCAAAUGGUCAUCUUAGCACAACUAUAUUAUACUUACCUUAUCCAAUACUAAUCAUAAGUCGACCAAAACUCAACUCAUGAGUGGGGGGCAUGCUGAGAAUAUGUACUGAAGAGUAAGAAUAUAAUAUUUCUUUAAAAUAUGAAAUUAAGUUUGAUUUUUUAAACCAUGAAUAUAUGUCAAUAAUGCAAUCUACAAUCUGCAAUAUUCAGAUAUACUUAUUUGUUGAUGUAUCACACUAUCGAAUUUCCAAGUCAACUUCAUAACAGCAAAAUGAACAAAGAAUAAUGUCAAAAUUCCUUUUUGUGAUAGAGCAUCUCACCUAACCAAGGUUCAUCCACUCGGAUAUUCAGCAAACUCUUUCCUUAUCCUCGAAUCACAAGGGUUUGUAAACCUUAAGCAUCGGGAAUUGCCCUCGAGUAACCGAAUUUCAUCCGCUUGGAAGAGAAGCAAGUUCUUGAACAGAUCUCCGGAUUUGAAGAACUUGGAUUAAACGCAAUCUCUGAACAAAUCUACGGAUUUGAUGAGCUUGGAUUAAACGCAAGUCUCUGAACAGAUCUACGGAUUUGAUGAGCUUGGAUUAAACGCAAAUCUCUAAACAGAUCCACGGAUUUGAUAAGCUUGGAUUAAACGCAAGUCUCUGAACAGAUCUACAGAUUGGAUGAGCUUGGAUUAAACGCAAGUCUCUGAACAAAUGAGCUCGGAUUAAACGCAAGUCUCUGAACAGAUCUACGGACUUGAUGAGCUUGGAUUAAACGCAAGUCUCUAAACAAAUCUACGGAUUUCAUGAGCUUGGAUUAAACGCAAGUCUCUGAACAGAUCUACGAAUUUGAUGAGCUUGGAUUAAACGCAAGUCUCCGAACAGAUCUACGGAUUUGAUGAACUUGGAUUAAAUGCAAGUCCACGCAAGUCUCUGAACAAAUCUACGGAUUCGAUGAGCUUGGAUUAUACGCAAGUCUCUGAACAAAUCUACGGAUUUGAUGAGCUUGGAUUAAACGCAAGUCUAUGAAAAGAUCUACAGAUUCCCAAUUCUUGGAUAAAUGAGCAAGUCUUGGAAAGAUCUACGGAUCACAAGAAUCUUGGAUAAAAGAGCAAGUUCUUGGAUGCAUCUACGGAUCAAAAGAAACAUGGAAGAAAUUGAACAUCGGCAUCGCCAUCGGGCAUUGGUUAAAACCCGAUCCGAAGGUUAAAAACCGAGCCGAGGUUAAAAACCGAGCCGAAGGUGAAACCCGAGCCGAAGGUUAAAAACCGAGCCGAGGUUAAAAACUGAGCCGAAGAUAAAAAUUCCGAGAUGAAAUCGACUUUUGCUUGGACGUGAUCAAAAUCAAAACCCAACCCAUUUUUGAAAUAGAAUUGGGUUUGGGGGGCAUUUGUUGGGGUGUUAAAAUGGGCACAUCAUUUUAACCCAAAAGCCAUCAUUUUAACCCAAAAUGGCCAAUAAAACCCACUCAAGCCCAAUAUCACUUACAAGGCCUCAAAGGCCCAAUAAAACACUAUAUAUACCCCUCAAGGGGCAAGGUAAAAGGGUCAUUCUCUAACCUUAGUGAAGCCACCAUACACUCUCUCUCCCCAAAAUACUCUCAUUUUAUACAUCAAUUUUACUGAUUUGAGCGUCGGAGGCUCCGCCUCGGGGACCCCCCCUUGGCCCGGAGUUCAUCUUGCAGGCACCGUACAUGAUCGGAACUCAAGAUAUCAAGGACGCUCCUACCAUCGUUUCAACCCGGAACAACUAGCUAGUUUUGCUUUGGGAAACUAGUCCCUCUAUCCUUAAAAGAUUGCCUCAUUUGACUUUUCACGGUCUUCAAGACAUGACUUAAAAUGUAAAUAUUAAUUCUAAACGCGUAAAUAUUUUAAAAAGUUGAUAUUCCAAAAAUAUAUUUUCUCCAUUCAUAAAUACUCGCAUCGUUUGUCACUUUCACGCAUGCAAUGCACAAUUUAGAUAAUUAAUAUCUUAAAUUAUCUUCAAGCAAAAAUUAUAAAAAGUUGAUAUUUUGAAAAUACGUAUUGAGACUAAUCUAACAUCAUCCAACAUGACUAUGUUUUAUUUGACAUAUAAAUCACCAACAAUAGUCAAAGUGGAAUAUGUGAAUAGUGUAAAAAUAUCAAACGUUGCGAGUAUUUAUGAACAGAGGAAGUGUAUUAAAACGAAUCUAAUAAGACCCCGCAUGACUAUAUUAUUUCUUAUAGCUAGGUUAAUGAGAAUACAUGAUCAACAUUUUCAAAGGUUGACCCACAAAAUUGCAAUGGGGCAAUCUUUUACAGAAUACAUAUGUGAACUUUCAAAUAUUAUACAAAAUAAUUUUUCAAAUAUUAACAACACGUAAUCGUCAUCUUAUGUUUUAUUUAUUUUUCUGAAUUUAUCUUAUCUGAACUUAAUUUAACUUAUUUUAGUUAUAAAUUAUAGUGGGGCAACAUUUAUUUUUUCUGGCAUAUACUUAUUUGUUAGACAAAGAACUAAUAAUAUUUUACAUGGAUAGGAUAUGAAUGGUAUAGCAUAUGGUAUGAGUGUAUGACUAGGAAUGGCGACGAAUAGGAUAUGGACACGAUCCUACUAGAUUCAGAUCCAAAUCUGUAUUGCACACAUGGAUCCAGAUCGAGAUCCAUUGGAUCCAACGGAUCCGCGGCUAAGAUCUGGAUCCACGUGUAUAUUUUUUUUCCUUCAAAAAAUAUUAUUCUUAUGCUACGUUUUAUAAAAAUAAAAAUAAAAAUUAUGCAUUCACCAUAGGAUGCAAAAUAUACUCUACCAGAUUAAAGAAAAUAAAUAUCAAAAUCAUGCAAAAAUUAAAGUUCAAAUUAUUUUAGGCUACCUCCAUUUCAAAAUGAUAUUUAUCGUUACUAUUUGCACAAAUUAAAUAUUAAGAUAAAAAAAAAGUGUGUAAAAAGGUGGGUGAAUAUAAUAAAAUAUGGAUAAAGUAUGGUUGAUGGGUACAAAAGUUAGUGAGUGAAUGAAAAAAAGAAAAAAAAAAAGAAAUUGAAUGAAAAAUUGUAAAUAUUGUAGGGUAAGAGGGGUAAGAUAAUGAAUUUCAUUUCCAAAUAUAGAAUAAAGCAAAGGGUAAAGAACAUUAUGAAAUGUACUAAAACUGAAAAGUGUAAAGAUCAUCUUGAAACGGGGGUAGUACAUGUUUAUACAUAUUUUUUUAAUUAAAAAUAAAUUUUUUCAAAAAGGAUACAUUGGCAGGAUUUGGACCGUAUCUGGAUCUCAAAAACAAGAUUUACAUCCUAUCCCCCAGAAACAGAUCUAGAUUCGGGUCCAAAUCCGCAGGGUCCCAAAUUUGGAGAUCAAUAUCCUAUGAAACGGAUUUGGAUCCACAGGAUCCGGAUCAGGUUCAGGAUCCAUUCUCAUCUCUAGGUAUGACCGUUAAUAAACCGUCAAACAGAGCUUUACAAAAAUUUGUAUUUUGUUUGGAUCUUUGGUCGAAUUUUUCUGACCGAGUAUGCCUUAACUUGAAGUGCAAAGUUUCCGGCUACUCAAGAGAGCACAAAUGAAAAUAACAAUAAUAGAAAUAUUCUACCAAUCAUUGCUCCAAAGAGAAGAAUCCAUUGCCUUUUCGUGGGUUAUCACUUAUCAAUUUGGAGAAAAAAAUUUGAAUAAUUUUGACGAUGUGUAAUGCAUUAAUGCACGUUGACAUUUCGUGCUUACUAGUUCCAUUUUAAUUUAUCAACUUGCUGUGCUAAGCGAGCUUCAAACCCUUUAUAAAUAUGGAUCUCAAUUUUUGGUAUGUCAUAUCUUUCAAAAACAAAACAUAAAUAGUAGUACAUUUUUUUUAACUUAAAGAAAAAAUGGCUAGGGCAAGAGCAACUUCUUUUUCUACCACAACAUUAGCCAUUUUCAUUCUGUGUAUGUCCCUCAUCGGUCAGUCUUAUGGUCAGCUCAAACAAGGGUUCUAUAGUGGAAGGUGUGGGACUAACAACGUCGAGCAAAUUAUUUACGGCAUUGUUGCUAAUGCUUUCGAAACUGAUAAAACCAUUGUCGCUGCUCUCCUCCGAAUGCAGUUUCAUGAUUGCGCUGUUAGGGGAUGUGAUGCAUCAAUUUUGUUAGACGUAACCGGGUCAGAGAAAACUGGACCCUCAAACGGCAGCGUUCGAGGUUAUGAACUUAUUGAUGCCAUCAAGGCAAGAUUGGAGCAACUGUGUCCAGGAGUUGUCUCUUGCGCAGAUAUCAUCGUCAUUGCAACUAGAGUUUCAGUUGUUUUGGCUCAAGGAAAGUGGUACAAUGUAGAAACUGGAAGAAGAGAUGGAUACAUAUCAAGUGCAAAAGAAGCCGAAAGUAGUCUUCCUUCACCAAAAAUCCCAGUUUCAGAUGCAGUUAAGUUAUUCGGACACUGGGGAUUGAGUGCUGAUGAUUUCGUCCUCCUCUUAGGUGGAGGUCACACCGUUGGAAUUAUUCACUGUAGCAAGUUCCUAGACAGGUUGUACAAUUACCAGAACACUGGCAAAGAAGACCCAUCCAUGAACAAAAACACCCUAUGGUCCUUCCGACAAACAUGCCCUAAAUCUGGGUCGAACAACUUUGUUUUUGCUGACCAAACUCCAGGAAGUGUAUUGAAGGUUGACAAUGGUUACUACAAGGCGAUAACACAAGGGCAGGGUGUACUUGAAAUUGAUCAACGUAUUGCAAGCCACUCACUUACCAUGAAUACUGUAAACAGGUUGGAUUACAAGGUUGGGGACUUUGACUACCAAUUUGGCGGUGCUAUGGUUAAACUUGGUAGGGUUGGAGUUCUUACCGGUACCCAAGGCCAAGUCAGGAAGAAUUGCCGCCGUAACAACUAUUAACCAACACCUUUCAUAAAUUUGAAGGCUUAACUAUAACUGUUUGAUGGUUAGUUGGAUUAUUAUUGGAUAUUCCAAAAUGAAGAACUAAUGCAUUUGUACUUUUCUUAAUCAUUUCAUUUCUUUGAAUGAUCUUUUUGUACGUUUAAACAACGCCGGCGAUACUUGCAUGUUUAAACAAAUGGCUAACAGCCUAAUACAAUGAAAGUUAUAUCCGAGCUU